CCAAAUUUUCGCACAAAUUUUAGUCCAGUCCAGAUGUCACUUUUUUAUUGGUUCAGGUACACAUGGCAGCAUAUAAAAGGGAAACAGUGUCAGAUUUUUUCAAGGAUCCCAAUUACACAGUGCCACAUCACAAACAGAUCCAAACUUUCUCUCUCCAUUCUGUUAGAUCAAAAAAACAGAUUCACCAAGAACACAAGAACCAAAACCGAAAAUUCAUCAGAAAUUCUCAGAGAUUCGUGUACGAAUCUUCAUCAUCGAAUCGAUUCCACCGCAAUACAAGGUGCGAAUUCCUCACCGGAGGUGAAGAACUCCAGCACCGAUCACGGUGGGAGAAGAAGAAGGCAAACCGAAUCUGCACAGAGGAAGGAGAAGAAGACAGAACCAAAGAAACAGCAAGCAACACGCAAACAAGCAACGCGCACGCAAACAAGCAACGCGCACGCAAGCAAGCAACACGCAAGCAAGCAGCGCGCACGCAAGCAAGCAACACGCAAGCAAGCAGCGCGCACGCAAGCAAGCAACAAGCAAGCAAACACGCGGAGCAACAAGAACGUGAAGAACGCGAAGAACACGAAGCAACAACGCCAAGCCAAGAGUCACCGCAAUCGUGAGGUAUGAAGAAAACUAAGUGCUACAAGUUCAAGGAAGUGGAUUUGGUUAGUU